UCCAGCAUUCAGGAUCUACAGGGGGCGUGCCCUUCUUUCAACGACCACCAGACUCUGCUUAAGCGUCUCUCGGGGACAGUGGCACUACACGCCCUAGACAGAGUCCGCACGGUCGGUCAGCGUCUGUACCAUGGCAUCGGAAGAGCUCGCUAUCAAACUACAGCGUAGGCUGCAAGCGCAACAGUCGGACGGCGUCGAACCGGUGACUGGGAACGAAUCAGCCGAGAAACCACCUACCGAGAAUGCCAGCUCGGAGCUGAGUGCCAUGCUGCUCCGGAGACAAGGCAUCAAUGAGGGCAGUACGCGACCGCGCCAGGCAAAGAUCUUCAAUCCUUACACCGAGUUUAAGGAGUUCAGCAGGAAGCAGAUCAAGGACAUGGAAAAGAUGUUUAAGCAGUAUGAUUCUGGAAAGGAUGGAUUUAUUGACUUGAUGGAACUGAAGAUGAUGAUGGAGAAGCUUGGAGCUCCACAAACUCACCUAGGCUUGAAGCAGAUGAUCAAGGAAGUAGACGAGGACUUCGAUGGGAGACUUAGCUACCGAGAGUUUCUGCUAAUCUUCAGAAAGGCAGCAGCCGGUGAGCUGGAGGAGGAAAGUGGGCUAAUGGCUCUGGCACGACUCUCUGAGAUUGAUGUUUCUACUGAAGGUGUUCUGGGCGCAAGAGACUUUUUUGAAGCUAAGGUUCAAGCUUUGGCUAUUGGCAGUAGAUUUGAGGAGGAAAUCAAAGCAGAGAAGGAGGAGAGAAGGAGGCUAGAGCUGGAGAAGAAACAGCGAAGGGCUGCUUUCAAGGAGCUGCAGUCAGCCUUCACGCCCUGAGUUCUAGGGGGCCCUUGUGAUGUGCUGACCCCAAAAUUUGAGAAGAUGUAACCCCAACUCACCCAUCUCAUCACUGCUGCACUGCCGACCUGUUCAGUGUGUACAAGUGGCUGAAGUCAGUCAUUCAGUGUCUAGUGGAAUUCUAGACAAUUGAGCAUGGCCAGCUGAGUGACACUGUCUUCACAACCUGGCAGCUGGAUAGGGACCAUAUGUAAUAGUCAAUUAUUCAGUCCUUAUUUUAUAUUGUGCCUUUAACAGAACACACCAUUAUAACACCCUUUACAAAGCAAUCAAGUAUAUUAUUUUAAGAAGAAAAAAAUGUGUUGUCCCUCGUAACUGCUGCAGGUGUAAUAGGAGAUCUAAAGAGUUGCUAUAAUCCAUCAUCCCAUAUGAAAAAAGAAUAUAAAGGAAGUGUAUGGACAAAGAAAGUUACUGCUUUUUUAUUUUUCCUCCCAUGUUAUUGUUAUUCAUUGUGGAUAAGCCAGGAAUGUACUACUUGCAGCCAAAGCAUCACUCUAAAUGGAAGAAAGCUACGGCUAUGCUGAAUGUCUGAGAAAUACAGCCUGAGCCCAUUCCCCAUCUCCCACCAUCUCACUUUUUUUGUGCCAGUAUUUGCUUUACUUCACCAAACAGGACCAAAAUUUAAAAUCCUAAUGCAGAGCUUGAGUGGAUUGAGUGUAAUUUUUUUCCCUAUGAUGUGCUGCUUAUCCUUUAAUUUUCAUGUUGACAGAUUCCCAUUAUCCUAGAAGAACUCAGGUAUUAUAUUCAGGCUAUAAAUCAUUAUGAAACACCAAGAUGAGAGAGAUGUGUGGAUUGGGUUUUCGAGUCACUGAAAUAUGUUGGUUAUGGGUGCACCUAGUUCACUGACACAUUCUCUUCACUUCCUUCAUCAGUUUCGGAUUUACAGUAAUGUAGCCAAUGCAUAUCAGUUGAAGGAGGGCCAAAAUUCAGGGAGUCAAGAAGGUCUGGCUGACAACUGGCAAACUCUCCAAGUACCGCUGACAAAAUCAAAAUAGUUGAACAAAAACAUGACAUAAAACUGUAAUUUGAAUCCUCUUAACACAGAUGUUUUCUGGUUCAGUCCUGGUGCCCCAACUCUGGCUGUAGACUUUCAUCUCAACCAGUAUCACACCCAGUAAAUCAUGUUUAUGUUUAGUUACUCUCAUUGUUUAAUUUGCAGACCUUUUACUUCUUUUCAAAGUUUGCAUUUAGAAACAUUCAGUAAGAGAUUUACAUUUAUAAUAUGAAAAGGUUUGCUAUAGCUUAAAAUAAUUGACUCUAUUUUGUCAUUUUCUUUUUGAUUCACUUUUUUCUGUGGAGUUUUACCUCUUCAUUUUAUCUGAAUACUGACAAUUAACGAUGAGACGCUGGUGCAAAUGACACUGAAUUCCAAGGGGCAGAAGCUGCUUCAAUGUUAGCCACUUGUGUAGUUAUUAGCAAGAAACAGUUUUUAAUUAACUGAGCAAUAAAAAGGAACACAUAUUAACAGCAUUAUAAAAAUAAUGAAUUCCCCAAUAAUCCUUUUAGCACAAGAAAUUUUGGAUUUCUGGAGUAACAUAAUCAAAUACAGAAACCAGGAUUUACAAUUUGCUUUUAUAAUGGAGGAGUCCAAUUAAAAGCAGAAAUUGGUGGAGAAGGAACCCUGCUGCCAUGGGAGGUACACAACUGAACUUGAAGCCUCUGUCCUAAACCAUCACCUACCUGCAGUUGUACUUGGAAUUGUAUAUUACAAUAUCAGGUAUCAUAAAAAAAACAGAUAAAACCAUCUCUGGCUAAACUAAAUAAUUAUAGUAUUUUUUUUUUAAUGUUAGAGGGUGUCCAGGUGUGUAUGCUAUGACCUGGCGUCUUGUCCACAAUUUGUUUUUGGUAGCUUUCAGUGCUAGGAUGACAGAUUGCAGCUUCCCAUUAUCUUAUAAUAAAACUGACUAUAGAAAAUGGAUGGAUGGAUAGAUGGACAUCUUAUAAUGCAAAUUCUGCUUUCUGUAUUAUGCUUUACAUUGAAGAGUGGAUGUUUUGUAACUUAAUUUUAGCUUUAGUAUUUUCUCACAGAAAAAUAAACAUUUAAGAUUCUAAAAUAUGUUUCUAAAGUAAAGUGUAAAGGAUAUAAAUAAUAUAUUUAUGUAAUUUGAAAGUUAUUAUAACAUAUAGUUUACAUAUUCUAUAAUAAUGACAGUCUCAAUUAGAAUAUAUUAUGCUGUCAGUAUUACUGAUACCGGAGUAGUCUGUGUCCAUAAGACAUAUUUAUUUGGCUUGGCAACAUGAGGCAUGCUACUUUAGCUUAUCCAGUUAAUCUACUAGUGAGGUAAAAAAAAAAAAAA